AUAGGCAGAGCACUAUCAUCAAUAAGCUGUAUUUAUCUUUGUACUAUGACAGAGCUGUACUUUGUAGUUUGUAUUCUUCUAGGCAAUGAAAUAACUCAUUGCAUUUUUACAGUUUCAUUGUGUAACGUACUCCACAGAAAAAAUUUAUAACAACAGCACGCAAGAAGCACACAAAUAUUAAAGAAUAAAAAGCGAGUGAAAUAAACGAUGUAUCACACUAGCUCACUGGGCAAGUUCGACUUAAUGUUAAACGAUACUUACGCGUAGAGAAACUAGUGCGGUUUGUGACGUGGUUAUCUGACGAUAAGUGCAAGGACAUGUUUUAUUCACCGCUGUUUUAGAAUCAUUUACAAUGUUAGGUGUGGAAAGUUUAUAAGCUAGAUAAGAUCCAUUUAUCUGAGUUGCCAUUUGACGUUUGUUGGCGUAUUGGUUGAAACAGCUGUUAAUAGCGAUAUGGCUCGAUAUUUCCGUGAGCAGGAUAUAGAUGAAUUUCGUGAAUGCUUCUACCUUUUCGCACGAAGUGGACAGAUUCGUACCUUGGAUGAGUUAACUAUUAUAAUGAGAUCGCUGGGUAUGAGCCCAACGAUUCAGGAACUUAAAAAGUAUAUGAAAGAGAAAGGUGGAAAGAUGUCAUUUGCAGAGUUUCUUGAAGUGAUGCACACCCACAGCCAGGCUGAAGUUCUACCAGAUGAAGUAGUGGCAGCAUUUCAAGCAGCUGAUCCUGGAAAGAAAGGUGUGUUACCAGCUCGGCAGUUGAAGCAUAUGCUGCUUAACUGGGGUGAAAGACUUAGUGGGAAGGAAGUGGAACAGAUUUUUAGGGAAGCAAAUGUUUCACACAAUGGACAGGUGAAGUACCAGGACUUCGUGAAGAUUGCAUGUGCUCCUGUGCCAGAUUACUAUUAAUGCCUCAUGGAUCACGUGUGCCUGGGUUAUGACAGUAUUUUAUACAGUUUACAUUUAUAAUGCAUUUGGUGGAGGCAUUGCAAACUUUUCUAUUUUUUGAAACCCCAUGUGUUGCUUAGAGAUCCACUCAUGUUAUAUUAUUGGUAUUAAAUGUUGCAUAUGAAAUGUGUGUAUCUGUAUUUGUUAUCACAUGAAAAGUAUGUGAUAAAAUUAUUUUUCUUUUGCUUGGGAAAAAAUCCAUAAUUACUUCUGAAAGGUGACAUAAUCUGACUGUUCAAUAGUAUUAUACUGAAUUUUAAGCAAUUCAUGUGAUAUUGAAUAUAAGUACUUAAUUGAAACAUUUGAUUUAUGGACAUUGCUGUUAAACUAUUUGUUUUAAUGCACUUUUAUAUAAUGUAUUUUUGAUGUGCAUGGAAAAGACUUUGUAAAGAGAGAGAAGUAAAGUUUACU